GCCAGAGACAGAAACAGAGACAGCAGCAUUGACUCCUGUAAAACUGACUUUUCACAUGUUUUUCACCUUAAAAUGGCUUCAAACAUUUGUGAAAAUUCAAAUUUGACAAAGAAUGUGAGAUACUGCAGAGGAGCCAGAGAGGACGGCGGGGAGAGGGUGGACACUCUGGAGGACAACUACGAGAAUGUGGACACGGACCAUCGUGGUGAUAUUUCCACACAGGGUGGGGGAGCACAUACUCAAAGGCGUCUCGCAGCUGUGCAAAGAAACCCUUUAAGAACUGCUGCUCUGGUCCUGGGCCCCCUGCUGGUAGCUGGAGUCGUUGUCCUGUUCAGACUCUAUAGUUCAGCCAUUGUGAAAUACAACCAGCUCAGCAGCAGUUAUGACGAGCUGCAGAGACGUUAUACCAACCUGAGUGACAGUUUCUGCCAGACAGAGGACCAGACAAAGGGGAACAUCACAGAGUGGAGGAGAUUUCGAUGCAGCUGUUACUUCAAAUCCACUGAGAGGAAAAGCUGGACAGAGAGCAGGAAGGACUGUCAGAGCAGAGGAGCAGAUCUGGUGGUAAUAAACGACAAAGCUGAACAUGUGAGUGUCACAG